AUGGCUUCCUUGAUAGCUUUAACAAGAGUCCCCGAGAUUCUUCUUGACAUACUAUCCUACCUUUCUAACAACGAUGUUGUCUCUCUUCAAAGCACCUGCAAAGCUUUGUCUCCAGUUUGUCACAAGCGUUUGUGGUCCGUUCUGAUCUUUCAACUUAAUGGAGACCCAUGGUACCCAAACCAUGGCAUCGAUUCGCUCAAAGUCCGAUAUCACAAGCUUACAGAGCUUCUCAAGUAUCGUGGAGCUGAUACUUCUGGAUUUUUCCAUACGAAAGUUAUUUGGUUUGGAAGUGCUCUUUUCGAGAGUAGACAUUUUAUUCGAGCGGAAGGUCUACGAAGCCUUCUAAGGGAUGUCUUGAACAAAAACAAAGUGGACCUUCAAUGUGCAAUCGUCUCGUUCCCUUCGCACCGGUUCGACGUAAACAACACUCCUGAGAAGUUUGAAAUACUCGAUGAUUUGAAGCGGUAUUCACGAGCUCGACCAUCUAACCAGAAGUUUGAAAUCAAGGUUCAAGCAGAAACUGUAAACUCUUUGUCUAAGUACUUUUGCUUGGACUUGAUCACAGAGUUUGUAUUCCGCGUCAAUUACAAGCCUUACGAAACCAGAAACUACUCCUGGACAGUCGCCUUCGGAUCAGUCGAUGAGAAUGUUACGGAAUUUGCUGCUGUACUCAACAUGAUGCCGAAUCUCAAGACAUUCACUUGGAUAUCCAAUAAACACGUCGGUAAAGCGCCGGUACCUUCGGAAAAGUCAUCCGAGGACCUCCAAAAAGCAUUUGGAGGGCUGAAACACUUAAAAAAGAUGGAAGUUGAUGGCUACAUCUUCCACCCUUCUCUAUUCCUCGUCCCACCAGAGAGCGUUAAAAGUUUGAAGUUUUGCGGGAAUAUUAAAUCCUCAUGGUGGGAAAAUUUUGCAUCUUCUCCCCUAAAUAUCACAAGCUUGACUUUCGAUGCGCUAGCGGCACACUGUUUGUCAUACAGAGAUAUCGAGGAACUCUUAGAGUAUAGGGUCAAAGAAGUGGGUGUACGCGGGUUAAAGACGCUCUGGCUGUCUGGGCACCUUCCUUCCGGCUUGAGAGCCUGCAUCCUGGAAAAGAAUCCUGAAGUUAUUUCUAGGAAGUUUUCCGGGAAGUACGCGUAUGAUAUAGAGGGUGAAAGGACGGAAUUUCGAGUCUAUAUGUGGUAG